AUGAAUUUCAUAGUCUGUUUGUUUAUUUUCCUUUGUAUUUCACAUCAAGGUAUCGUUUAUGCGGAAAUAGAAGGUAGUCAAGAAACCUGUAACAUUGAAGAUGAAUCCAUCGCCGUUACCACUAUAUCGAAUAUGAAUUGUUUUAAUUGUAUUUGCAAGAAAGGAUUUGUAGAAUGUGAAAAACAAAAAUGUCCUAGUAUUGAAGGCUGCUACGUGUUAGAAAGAAAACAGCAAAUGGAGGAAUGUUGUCAAAAAUGCAAAGGCUGUAUAAAAAACGGCGUAUACCAUGAUUCAGAAACCGAAUGGAUUGAAUCAACAGAUCCAUGCAAAUUAUUAAAAUGCCUUGCUGGAAUUAUAACUGAAGCAGUGAUUCACUGUUAUAUACCAUGUGAAAAUCCAACAUCUAUUUCUGGACAGUGUUGCCCUACAUGUUCUGAUUGUCAUAUAAAUGAGAAAAAAAUAUUCAAAGAAACACGUAUAAUCUCUGAGAAGGAUCCUUGUGUUUCAUGCAAUUGUAUAUUAGGGAAACUUAUAUGCAUUAAAAGGACAUGCCCUGUUCUGAACUGUCCAAAAUCGAAAAUUUUUAAUAACUUCGAAGAUUGCUGUCCAAAAUGUCUAGGAACUGGAAAACUAAUGGAUCCACCUAAAGGUGCUUGCUUACUGGGUACAGUAAUAUAUCAAUCAGGAACAUACUUCAACUUAAGUAAUUGCGUAUAUUGUAAUUGUAAAGAUUCUACAAUCUACUGUCAAAAAAAGAGUUGCCCAAUUAUGAAAUGUAAACGAGAAUAUCAGGAAAUUUUACCAGGACGGUGUUGUGCACAAUGUAAAAAUAUUCAGAAACAUACUAACGAUAAUUUUGUAAAUGAAGAUGAGAGUAUAGAAAUGAAUAUCAGUGGGAACGGUAGUGAAAAUGAUGAUCAAUGGAAUAAAGAAGAUUCUAUUGAAAAAAAAAUUACAAAAGAAGAAUUAGAAAAUCAAUCAAAAUGUACGCAUGCUGAAAAAAUCUACAAAAAUGGUGCAAUUUGGAAUACAACUAAUUGUAAGAUAUGUACUUGUAUACAAUCAAAAAUAAACUGUACAACACUUAUGUGUCCAGCCAUUAGUUGCCGUCCAAAUUCUGUUUUGAAAAUUCCAAGGGGUCAAUGUUGUCCACAAUGUAUUGAAAGUCACGGAGUUUGCACAGUUUUUGGAGGGAUGUACUUCCGUACAUUUGACCGAAAAAUGUAUACAUUUAUAGGUUCAUGUAAAUAUCAAUUAGCUACUGACUGUGAAAGUGCAACUUUUAAUAUACAACUUGAAAAUAUAGUACUAGGAAAUGAUGCAACAAUAAAACAAGUGUCAUUGAAUAUUGGCCAUGUAAAAGUAGAUCUCCAACAAAAUAGAAAUACGAAAAUAAAUAAUAAAAUUGUCGACCUGCCAUAUCAUUCAAAAAAAAAAUUAGAUAUUUUUAAAAAUCAUGAAAAUAUUAUUAUCAUUUCAAAACUUGGAAUAAAAAUUAAUUGGUAUUAUAAAGGAUUUCUUGAAAUAAUAGUUUCGAAGAAUUAUCGAAAGAAAAUGUGCGGGUUAUGUGGUAACUUUAAUUCUAUAAUUGCUGAUGAUUUGACUACCCAAGAAGGUAUCUUAGUUGAGGAUCCAGCCAUAUUUGCGCAGUCCUGGACUGUGGGAGAUCAAUUUUGUCUGGAGACCAGAAAAUAUGGAAUUCAGGACUGUAAUUUACGUAAAAACCAGAGAUUGUGUAAUUAUAUAAAGGGUUCUGUUUUUGAAAAAUGUUUAAAAAAAAUAAAUGUGACAUCUUAUUAUGAAAAAUGCCUUCAAGAUAUGUGUCACUGUUCUCCAGAAGAUCUUCAAUGUCAUUGUGAAUCUUUCACAAAUUAUGUUCGUGACUGUCGACGACUCGGAAUCUUAUUACCACGUUGGCGAAAAUCGGUAGGAUGUUAAUUG